UUUCUCUCUGUUCUACAGCUCUAUUCACUCUUAACUCAUAUAGUUUAAGGGUUUAACAAUUAAUGUCGCUGCCAGAAUAGGUAAAUUACCCUUAUUUAACCGCUUAAGAUAAGUUAGCUUGCCAGCUAGCUAGGUUAGCUAAUGUGUUUAUGUUGUAGUUAGCUGUUAGCUAGGUUAGCAAGCUGGGUUAGCUAGCUACAGUAACCGUUAUCUUCUACACCUUCUGUUUGAGGAUGCCCCACAGGUGCUCAAUAGGCUUUAGUUCUGGAAACAUGCUUGGCCAGUUCAUCACCUUUACUCUCAGUUUCUUUAGCAAGGCAGUGGUCGUCUUUGAGGUGUGUUUGGGGUCGGUAUCAGGUUGGAAAUCAUGUUGUAAGAUAGGUUAGUUAGCUACCCAGAGUAUCAACAACACGCUACAAAAGCGUUUCUGUGUCCUCCUGUCGUGUCAUGGUGCUGUAGAAUUGGAGAUGGAUAAGAUCUUGGAAGCUUUGGUGAGUUCCUCUCACCCUUUACCCAUCAAGCGAGCCAUAGUGAAGAAAGUGGUGGAGGCGGCGGAGAAGGAGGUGACGCAGGAGCAGUGCCAGGCCUUAUACCAGCUGUCGACGCGCCUGAUUCUGCAGGGCGAGGAUGCCUUCCAGCGUCAGGUGGGCCAGCAGGUGCAGGAGGCGUAUGCCCGCUUCCACCGGGAUGAGUUUGCCCGUUUUCUCAGUAAGGAGUUUGUGCUGGGGCUGCUGCAGCAAGGCUACGGCACACUGGACAGAAGGGAUCCCGCUAUCCUGGACUUCCUGCACGGCUCCCUGAGGCUCCUCCUCAGCUGCCCUGCCGUGCUCGAGUUGGCGCCGCUGCUGCAGACGGAGGUGCUGAGGAUGGUGUGUGAGCGCCCUGAGGCUACGCUCUGUGCUAAACUGGCCACUUUACUGAACGACUUCUCGCAGUGCAUGCCACGGGAUAAAACGGCUGCGCUGUUCUGCCAGCAGCUGGUGCGAACCUUCGCCCACUUCCAGUGCCCUGCCGGGCAGGAGGCAGAGCUCAGACUAUAUGUAACGCAGGUGAACAGCGUAGCCACGCUGCUACAGGGGAUCUGGAAGGCAGAGCCGGCCACACUGUUGCCCUCACUGCAGGAGGUGUUCGCCAUCAUCUCCUCUACAGACCCUUCGUUUGAUCCCUCUAUCGCUUUGGCCAGCCUGGUGCAGCACAUCCCUCUGCAGAUGAUCACAGUUCUCAUCAAGAGUCUCACUACUGACCAGAACGUCAAAGACGCCAGUAUGACACAAGCACUGAGCAGGAUGAUCGACUGGCUGUCGUGGCCCCUUGCCAAUCAUGUAGACACCUGGGUUAUUGCUCUUCUAAAGGGUCUGGCUGCUGUGCAGAAAUUUACCAUCCUCAUAGACGUCACAUUGCUCAAAAUUGAACUGGUAUUUAAUCGUCUGUGGUACCCCAUUGUGAGACAGGGAGCGUUAUCAGUUCUCUCUCACAUGCUGCUCAGCUUCCAGCACUCUCCGGAGGCUUUCCACCUGGUGGUCCCCCAUGUGGUGUCUCUAGUGCAGUCUCUGCAGAACGAUGGCCUCCCCACCAGCAAAGCCUUCGUGCUGCAGUUCACUGAACUGAUACACUGUAUGAUGUACCAGUACUCUGGCUUCCCUGACCUCUACGACAGCAUCCUCGAAGCCAUUAAGGAGUUACCUAAACCCAGUGAAGAGAAGAUCAAGUUUGUGCUGAACCAAAGUGCCUGGACCUCGCAGUCAAACUCUUUCGCCUCGGGACUGAUGAGGCUCACUGGCAAAUCUGAGACGGGGAAGACGGGCCUUGUGAACCUGGGCAACACGUGUUACAUGAACAGCAUCAUUCAGACCCUCUUCAUGGCUACAGACUUCAGACGAAGUGUCUUAUCCCUGCAUCUGAAUGGCUCCAACACUCUGAUGAAGAAGCUUCAACUUCUGUUUGCUUUCUUAGCUCACACACAGAGAGCAGCAUAUGCACCAAGAAAUUUCCUAGAAGCAUCUCGACCACCCUGGUUCACAGUAGGAUCACAGCAGGACUGCUCGGAGUAUCUGCGCUUUCUUUUGGACAGACUACAUGAGGAAGAAAAGACUCUCAGAGCUCUGCAGACAACCAAACCUAAGACCGACUCCUCUGACGCUGACAUUAUUGAUGAGGGUGCAGCACACAGCGUGCCCAACAGCCUGCCAAGUUCUCAUCCAGAACCUGAAGAUGCUAAAGGUGAGGGACAGACUCUAGUUGAGCGAAUGUUCGGCGGGCGUCUCUCUACGGGCAUCCGCUGUCUGCAGUGCCACAGCCUCUCUGAGAAAGAGGAACCCUUCACGGAUCUUUCCCUGGCCUUCUGCCCUCCGGCCCUUCAGUCCACUGUAGGACCCUGCCAAGGAUCAGUCAAUGGGGGCAGUGAGAAUUCGGAAGGCCCUGUUAAAGAACCCCAAAGCGUGGGGAGGCCCACAUCAGAGCCAGCUCUGUCCUUAACUGACCUGGUGGAGUAUUUUCUGGCCCCGGAGAUUCUGGAGGAGGAGAACUGCUACUUCUGCGAGCGCUGUGGGUCGCUGCAGCGAGCCGAGAGGGCCAUGAGGGUGGUGGCCGCUCCGGAAUACCUCAUCCUCACACUGCUGCGCUUCUCGUACGAUGCCACGUGCCAUGUACGCCGCAAGAUCUUGGACAAUGUACGCAUCCCGCGGCGCAUGUGCCUGCCUGUUCACCAACACCACGCAUCUGCCUCUAAUACUGGUGCUGCUACUGUUGCUUUAUCUUCGUCUUCCUCAUCCUCAUCACCAUUGGCACCAAUGGACUCCCCUGAGAGUGGCGAAAACCUGGCCAAGAAGCUAAAGCCCUCAAGGAGAGAGGAAGAAGAAGAGGAGGAGCAGGAGAAAGGGUUAACGGACAGUGGUAGAGAGGGAGGAUUAAGGGGGGAAAGGUCAGAUAUGCAUUCAGUCCCAUAUGUCCUCAGUUCAGUUGUAAUGCAUUCCGGCAUGUCCUCAGAAAGCGGUCACUACUACUCGUAUGGCAGGAACGUAAGCGGAACAGACAGGUGUGCUGUUGCCUCAACAUUAGCCAAUCCCUGCUGCAGAACUUCUGAAACAGAUGCAGGGCUUAGCAACAGCAGCCAAUCAGAGAGCUGCGCAGCUCCACGUGAGGUAUUAGAGAGCGCAGGACAAAACUCCAGGGAUUGGUUCCUGUUUAAUGACAGCCGAGUGACUUUCACCAACUUCCAGUCCGUGCAGAACAUCACAAGCCGCUUCCCAAAGGACACAGCCUACGUCCUGAUCUACAGGAAACAAGACGUCAUCGGACAGUCCGGUGGUGCACAAGGUAGCAUGAAUGGUUCUAGGUUAAAUGCAGAGCCGCCGCUUCAUAAAGACCUGAUGGAUGCCAUCACCAAAGACAAUAAGCUCUUCUUACAAGAGCAGGAGCUGAAUGCCAGAACCCGUGCUCUCCAGGCAGCCUCGGCCUCCUGCUCGUUUCGGCCCAACGGCUCGGACGACAACGAGCCUCCGGGCAGCUGCGGGCCUUCGGGUGGGGGAGGGGGCGGAGGCUUCAACACUGUCAGCAGACUGGUCUUCUGAGAGUGCGACUCGCGCACACACACACACACACACACUCACACACACACGAAUUCUGACAGAGCACUGGACUCAAAUUUUCAAACUUAAAACACUGGACUCUGUUUAAAAUGUUACUGAAUCAAUGGAGGUUUCCACAAGGCUGGACAGCAGUGUUGAGUUGUGGUUAGCAUGCAAGCAUUUAAUCCCUUUAGUUUAUCCUUCUUACAAAGCACUUUUUUUGGUUUUACAGGUCAUGUUUGGCCUAUUCAUGACCGAGUGCCCUCAUCACAUGGAGCUGCCUACUUGUUUAAGUGGUGAUUUACUAUAGAAUCAAUUUCUGAAUUUUCCCUAAAAACAUUCAAACACCUUUUUGCAUCACAUCACAUUUCUCAUUCAUACUCCUUAUAUGUACGUGAACAAAUGUUUAUUGCCCAGGUUGUUUAUUUAACAUGGUUUGUCCUCUGCUCUGAUUGGUUGAAUCUAGUGACAUGCCCACAGAUAUGUCAUUUGACAUGGCGAUGCAAUAAAUUUACACAUAAGGAUGCAAUACUGAAUUUAGUUCCCACUGUAUUCACUGUUGUGAAUAGAUUUUUUUGACAAAAAAAACUUGAAAGAACUGAAAAAAAAUGCAUGCUGAAAAUUUGAACUGAUUGAUUUUUUUUCUUGUUUUUGAGGUGAUUUAUUACAAAUAUAAAAAUAUUGCUGUUUUUAUAUUAUAUUAUUUGUUUGAAUUAAAUUAUUUCAGGGAGUGUUUUUUUUUCUUCCCUCUGGUUUUAAGAUCUAAGAUUUUUGUGUGCCUUUUGAUACACAGUUAAAGGUUUUACAGGAUGAUUUGACUGGAUUAAACAAGAAACAUAAGCCUUGUGCUUGCUGUACAGUGUUAAUAUUUGAUUAACAAUAGAAAACCUUCACCAAGAAGCAAUGUCUGAUUCAUUACACAGUAUGUACAGGGGUAUAUGCACAGUAUAUAUGAUUUUAAAGUGCUUCUAAUGGACUUUGUCUGACUUAUCAUGCAGACAGUGGGCCAUAAUGUCAAUUAAUUUAUCAGACUUGCCAAAGUAAGAGUGCUGCAGUGGGUGUGUUUCUUUUUUUUUUUUUUUUGCCUUUUUCAUCCUAAUGAAGGUCUAAUAUGAAAUAAAGUGGGACUGAUUUUGCUGUGAGCUGCUUUAUAAAUAUGGAUACAUAUGGAUAACUGACUGUAACACUUUUCUACUGUGCUGCUAAUUAUUCAGAGCAUCUAAUGGAGCAUCUCCUGCAACCUGAUUCUUGUCUUAUUCAGAUAUAAGAUGAAUAUAAGAAUCCAUAAGUUAAUUUUUGCUUUAACUCGCUGAGUUGCCACUCAAAUAAACAAUAAACGGGUCAGAACUGUUAAGAUGUGAAGCAGCUACUGUUCAGAAUUCAUUGUUUAAGGUUUUCUGUAGUGUUUUAAAUGAUAUUGCUUAUGGCUUGAGCUUGAAAAGACUGUCAUUAUCCACCACCACCAGUGGGUAUAGUGCAUCCAGCUGUGGAGCUCUGGGACCUGGAUAACUGAAAUGUUUGGGGUAAUUGUGGUGAGGACGUGUGGAAAGCAAAGCUAUUUUUUUCUUAACCUCAGAUAGCCCUGUGUAAUUUCAGCAGUCUGGGUUCAUAACAAAUGGGAUUUGCUUCAGAAUAAAGGAAGAGAAAUUCAAUUUU